UUAGCUAAUGCGCUAGAGUGUUACGAAUGCGUUGGAUCGGAUUGUAAUGAUCUGAAUGAGGAUCAGCUAGUAAGCUGCGAUUUAGAUGAUAUUCCAGCAUCGACAACAACUACGGAAGGCUCAACGUCAGAGUCAUCGUCGAGCACAACGGAGUCGGAGACAAGUGACUCGACGACAACACCGUCCGGUACCACUGAUCCCACCAGCGAUGACACGACGGAAACCACUUUAGAAGCCACCGAGACCUCCACGCCAACUGCGGAAACAGGAUCAACCACAUCAUCGGAUACCAGUGAAUCCACCGGAACCUCAGCAGCAGAGACAACGGAAGCCUCCUCAACUCCAGCUAUAAGCACUGAUUCUUCCACAACGCCCGACACAUCAGAAUCAACCGGAUCCCCAGCAUCC